AAUUACUUGUUAAUAGCUUUGGAAUCUGGCUGUCUUUCAAUUCUGAUCCUUCUUUAUCUCAGUGCUGCUUUUGACACUGUUGAUCAUUCUCUGUUACUCACUCGUCUUGAGACAGUUUUUGGUGUCUUUUCUCUCAGAUCAUCGGCAGUUUGUUUCCUUGGGUGGAUGUAGGUUGAAAGUUGGUUUGGUUAAAUGUGGUGUUCCUCAGGGAUAGAUUUUGGGCCCCUUUUUGCAUUUACUUGUUUCCCCUUGGUGAACUCUUAAGAUCUCUUGGUCUUAAUUAUCAUUUUUACGCAGAUGACAGAUUAACAUCCAUUCAAAACCUGGUGAUUGUGUGGCUGUCGCCUUUCUUGCACAAUGUAUUACUGAGAUAAAAAAAAUGGAUGUCUUUAAAUUUUCUUUGUCUCAACAGUGACAAGACUGAGGUUAUGCUCAUUGGUUCACACCACCAACUUCGUAAAGCUGGUUCUUUAACCUUAAAUAUGGAUGGCUCUGCUCUGGAGUUUCAAACAAAAUUAAAAAAUUUUGGGGUGAUAUUUUAUGCAAAUUUAACAUUUGAUCCUCAUGUCAGGAAUACUGUUAAAACAUCAUUCUUCCAUAUCAGAAACAUUGCAAGACUGCGCCCCAUGUUAUCUUUCUCAGUGGCUGAAAAACUGAUCAAUACUUUUGUAUUUUCUCGUAUUGAUUAUUGCAAUGCUUUACUUGUUGGGGUCUCUAAAUCUACCUUAAAUAAGUUGCAGUAUGUGCAAAACUCUGCUGCUAGAAUCUUGACUAGGACCUGGACAAGUGAUCACAUCACUCCUAUCUUGGAGUCCUUGCACUGACUCCCUGUCAAGUUUCAUGACUUUAAAAUUAUCAUGCUUACCUACAAGGCUUUGCAUGGUUUGGCCCCUCAAUACUUGUCUGGACUUUUAAUCCCCUACACUCCAAUGUGUGAUCUCCGCUCCUCCGAAUCUGUUUUUUUAACUGUUCCACCUACUUGUCUGCGUUCUAUGGGUGACAGGGUCUUCUCUUAUUUUGCUCCAAAACUGUGGAACUCUCUUCCCUCUGAGGUUAGACAUGCUGGAUCUUUUAGUAUUUUUAAAUCUUCUCUUAAAACUCACUUUUUUAGGGUUGAUUUUCUGUGAUUAUUAUGUGAAUAUUAUUGUAUUCUUUUUAAAUUGUUCUGAUUGUAUGUUUUCUUUUUCUUUUUUGUAUUUCAAUGUAUUUUUCUUUUCCUUUUGUAAAGCACUUUGAGAUGCAACUUUUAAAGGCGCUAUAGAAAAUAAAGUUUUAUUAUUAUUAUGAAAUUCCAUGAUUAUCUACUCAUGUAUAAUACAGCAAUUGUACAGAUCUUUUGAACACUCUUACCUUAGCACCAGGAACUGGAAUAUAAUGCAAAAAGACAAACACUUGAAAUCAUUGUUUUGUACUAGGAAAAGAUGUGUGUGAUUCUCCAAAUGAGAAGGCAAAAAUUAUAUAACUGAACUGAUAUAAGGAUCCAUUUAGGUAUUGAUUCAGUACAAAGAUAAUAAAGAUUUUGACAGCUACGUGACCUUGCAAUUCACUGAUCAUUGUUUCCCUUACUCUUUAUGUAUUAAUUAAGUUUUAUAGACAUUAUAUAUUGUACUGUAUAUAGGCCUACAGUAUAUGUACAUUAAUUGAGUUUUAAAUGCCCUUAGCAGCAUGACAUGAAGCUUGGACAUACAGUAUAUGACACAAAUUGAAUUAAUUGACUCAGUGAUAUUAAGUGACAGCUUUUGUGAUGUCAAAGAGAUAAACAUGGGAUGUCCCUGGAGCGAUAUUGUUUUUUUUGUAUUCUUUUUGAUGGAUAAGUUAGUUUUGAUGUAUUUGUUCUUGGUGCAGUUGAAAGUGAGUUUAUCUCUUGGACAAGAUAAACAUCUAUUUGAUUAUGUGUACAUUUGUGUUGACCAAACCUUUUCAUUCAUUCCCUACCUGUGAUCUGUAAACUGUUUACUCAUUUUCAUAUAGCCACAGGUUGUAAGUCUUAUCUACAACUGAUAUUUAGCCUUUCAUUGUCUCAAUUGUCCAGUUGUCAAUACUCCAAUAUAGACAUGCACCAAAAGCUAGUUUUGCUUUGCCUUAUCAUCAUGAUCAGUCUGAUCAAAUUGAAAUUGUGUUCAUUGCUCAUAAUGGAUUUCAUAAUUCAUAAGGGCAACACACUGUAUUUCAUGUUCUUGAGUCUUUCCUAUGCUUCCAAAUUAACAAGAUGUUUUUGUAUUGACCAUCCAAAACAAAGAGUUUUCAAAAGACAAAAAAAAGUUUUUAAUACACUUCAUGGCCAAAAAAAAAAAAAAGUAACGUACUGCAAUAUUUAGUUGGACCGCCUUUAGCUUUGAUUACAAUGCGCAUCCGUCGUGGCAUUGUUUCGACAACAAUAUGCAAUGUCACAACAUUUAUUUCCGUCCAGAACUGCAUUCAUUUUUGGCCGAGAUCUUGUAUUGAUGAUAGGAGAAUCGAACAACUCUGUAAAGUCUUAUCCAGCACAUCCCAAUGACUUUCAAUGGGGUUAAGGUCAGGACCCUGUGGUGGCCAAUUAAUGUUUGAAAUUUCAGUAAUCUUUGCUUGAUGCAGGCCAAUUAUUUGCCCCUUCUGAAACACAGUAACAUAUUUUCCACGACCACGGGAUACAUCUUUCGACAUGGUUGUUUAAGAAAUGAGAAGCUACACACUGCAUCAGUUAGGGUUAAAAGAAUUGUUGCCAGCUGAAACAUAUUAAUCACUGCAAUAAUGAUCCAGUCAUUGGCUCUUAAGGAUCUGCAUAUUUAAAUCCAAAUGGCGAUUUUUCUUUUUUUUUUUUCUUUUUUUUUUUUUCUUCUCCAGGCAGUGUAUGAACAUUUAUGUUUCAGGGGCGGGGGCUGUGGUGUAGUGGGUAUACACAUGCUGCUGGUGAUGAAGGUUUGAAUCCGGCUUAUGUCAUGUCUCGAUCUCAUCCCUUUUUUCUAUUCAUCCACUUUGUACACUUUGUUAUAAAUUAAAGCCUAAAAGGCCAUUAAAAAAUAAAUAAGAAAAAAAGAAAGAUAAUUGAUUCCCAUUUUGUGUUCUGAGCUGUUGACAGAUUACCUGCCUUAGUUAGUCAUUUAGCCAUGAUUAAUGGAUAAGAGUUUUUUUUGUUUCUCUUGCAGAUCUAGUUGCUAAUGGAAGCACUGGUGAGCAUUUACACACCCAGAAUCUUCUGAGCUCAGAUCAUGUCAGUCUGGUGUUUAUGUGCUUUGCUCCUUUCUCUGACUGAUCAAACAGAGCAGGACACUUGACAGAGGGGUCCUUGGCGAUGCAGUCAUUGGUGUAGAGGGAGAAGAGUAGUGGGGAGAGCACACAUCCCUGGGGGGGCUGGAAGUGAAUUUCCCCAGUCUCACUAGCUGCUGCCUGUCCGUCAGAAAACUGGUGAUCCACUAACAUAUAGAGGUGGGAACAGAGAGUUGAUUUAAUUUAGUCUGGAGAAUAGCUGGGAUAAUGGUGUUAAAAGCCGAACUGAAUUCCACAAAAAGGAUCCUUGCAUAUGUCCCUGGUCUGUCCAGAUGUUGCAGGAUAUGAUGCAAUCCCAUGUUGACUGCAUCAUCCACAGACCUGUUUGCUCGAUAAGCAAAUUGAAGGGGGUCCAGAAAGGGUCCAGUGAUGUCCUUCAGGGAUGAUGGUGAAGCGUUCGAAGCCGCAGGGAACUUCACACUGCUCAAGUGAUCUGUUGAAGAUCUGUGUGAAGAUGGGGGCCAGCUGGUCAGCACAGGCUUUUAAAGAGACGGCAGGGCACCAACUUUCAGUAAAAGAGGUGACAGUGUAUCCUGAAAAAAGUGACAUAUCUGAUACUGGUGAAUGGGUGUUGAAUGUUAAAUGGAAAGAUGAGUUUGCUGAAAGUAACCAACCAGAGAAACUCACUUAUGACAUAGAAGUCCUUCACACUGAACAGAUGAGGAUCGUUCACUAUGAGAUCAUACAGGUGACACCAAACCCAGCAGUCCCUAAUCACUGGAAAUGGACCUCAUCUUUACCACUGCAGUGCACCUCCCAUUCCGUCAGAUUGAGGCGCAGAGAUCCGCAUCAGACCAGCAAUUGGACACCUUUAUACACUUACGAAGGAGAAGAUCUACAUGUAAGUGCCACAACGGCACUCGUCUAUCCUUAUAACCAAGUUUUCCUGGUUGGGAGCAACGUGACAUUCUGCUGCAUCUUGAGGACUGAGAAGGUUCAGUCAUUCAGUUCCCCUAAAUUUACAAUCCGCAUCAGCAACAGGACAUUCAUCACUAAACCAGUUCACUUCCACACCCCUACUGAAUCAGGGGGAGUGGACCUACCUUGUAUGGAUAAUGGAAGCACAGUAUUUAUUGGCUAUCCACCAGAUGACCAAAAUCUUACAUGUGUGACACGGGAUCUCAGCUCUGUGGAUUGUCACUGGGAACAUGGCCGAAAAACCCAUCUUGAAGGAAAUAAAAAUACCAAAUACACACUGAAUGGAAGAGUUUGUACAUUUGAUCGAUGUGUCCUACGUGAAAACAAUGUCACAAGAUGGACUCUGAUUGCCAGAAAUCCCCUUGGUGUGAAGACAAUCACUGAUUCAGCUGACCCCAAACACAGAGUAUGGUUGAGAGCACCAAGGAACAUACAAUCCCGUGUGCUUCAUGCAAGAAAUGCCACUCUUCAAUGGAGUUGGAACAUGGAAAAUUAUACUUCCUUUCCAAUGACAUGUCAAGUGGAGCUCAAUGGAUCCAUUUACAAUAAAACCUUCGAUGGACUGGGUCUUUCGUCAAUUGUCCUUGAAGAUCUGCAGCCCUCUGCUAAUUACACAGCUAAAGUGCAAUGUGGGUCUUCUAAACACUUUUACAGGUGGGGAGACUGGAGUGAAAUGACUCACAUCUCUACUAAAGAAGAAAUUCCAGAAGCAGUAGAUAUUUGGAUGCAAUAUUUGGAACAAAAUACAUAUAUUGUAUGGAAGCCUCUAACAAAACAACAAAGUCAUGGGAUAAUUACGGGCUAUGAACUUACAAUAAGUGACUCCAAAAACAACUGGAGAAACACCAUCCACAGAGGACUAGAGACACCACUGUGCCACAGUCUCACAUCUGGGAAUGAUAAAGGGGAUCAAAUAAUCACAAUCUCAGCUAGCAACUCAGCUGGUCUUUCUCCACCUUCAAGAAUCACCAUCCCAAGCUAUCCAGACAAUGGAGUCAAUAUAAGCCAUAUCAACAGCAGUAAUGGUGGCUUUACAAUCUUUUGGGAAGAAAGCAUCAGCUCCAGUUGUGGCUAUGUUGUUGACUGGUUUUCAACCCACAGUGAAAAACGUUGUGCUGUUAAUUGGAGGAAGAUCCCAUCCGGUCACUUAAGCACCUGGAUUCCGUCAGAGUUUUUUCAACCAGGAGUGAAAUAUAAUAUCUCGGUCUACGCUUGCACUGCUGAUGCCCCACAGCUUCUGCAGAGGAGAGAGGGUUAUGCUAUAGAGCAACGACCCUUUGAGAAAGUUCAGAAGCUGAGAAUCGGUAAACAGGAAGGCAGAAAACUUGAGCUUUUCUGGGACACAGUGCCCUCAGGCAAGGAAGGAGGCUUCAUACAGGGUUACAGGGUUGUAACAAUUCGCUCUGAUUCCAACACAACUAUCAAUGCUAAAAAAACAAGUGAGCGAACAGUUAGUUUGACAUUAGAUCCUGGCUCCUACAUUAUCAGCGUUAGUGCCUAUACAUCUGCAGGAGAAGGUGAUAAUGCCACACUCAGUUUCCUGGUGGAAAAAAGCAUUUAUCAGAUGAUUGCGGGCACUGUUGUGGGCUUCAGCUUAGUGGCCCUUGUCUUCAUUAUCAUUUCAGUCGUUUGCUUCAGGAAGAGAAAGUGGUUAAAGAAAAUAUUAUAUCCAGAUAUUCCUGCACCAAAACUUUCAGGGGAAUGGACUAAAAAUGGGUUUUAUUGCUCCCAGCUGACUGAAGGGUAUAUGAAGUGUGAGAUUCAGGAGGCCUGCAAUUCAGAGCAUCUUCCAACAUCACAAGAAAGUGGCAAUAGCCAUGCUCUCAUCAGCCAUACCUCCAGAGUAUAUCAUGCAUGUCCUUUCUAUCAGAAUACAUCUGAAUCUCCAGUUGCUGUCUCAUCCUCUCCAGCUGAUACCCCUUCCAACUCAUUGGAGUCUUCAUUAUUGUGGCCCGGUGUUGAGAAGCUGAGCUCAAUUAUUGAAAACCCAACAUACAAUACAACCCUACCAGAAUCAGUCGAUUUUUUACAAAUAUCAGAGCUCACACUGGACUCUUACCUCCCAGCACCUAACUUUGUUCAUAAUAAUUCUGAUGUUAAGAACUCAUUGGGUUACAAGUCCCAGUCAUCAUGACCUACAAAGGCAGAGAUAAACAGACUCCAAUAUAGCAGUAUAAUAUAAUGUACACCAUCUGUGAGUUAUGCCUUUAUGAGCUCCAUUAAUAGCUAAAGAGCAGAGUAUAAGACACACUGUGUGUAAAUUAUGCCUAUGUGAACUUGAAUGGAUGUUGUUUAUAAGGUAUACAGCUUUUUCUGCUGUUUUUCUCUGAGGGAUAGUUCACCUAAAAAUGAAAGUUAUAUCAUUAUUUACUCACCCUCAUAUCAUCCUAGAUGUGUAGGACUUUCUUCUGCUGGACACAAAGAUUUUUAGAACAAUAUGUCAGCUCUGUAGGUCCUCACAAUACAGGUGAAUGGUGACCAGAACU